CAGCUCCAUAGGAACUCUUUCUCUUUGUUGUCGUUAAGCAGCUCUUCAGGUAAAUCUUGAUUCCCAGCUUUGAGAAUGAAGGAAUGAUCCGUGAAACCUGGCUCCUUGACACUCAGCAAGCUUCGGCUGACAAGAAAGAGAAGACGUCCAAAGACGAGACACUUCUUUAUUUUUCGAAGAUGCCAAAACCCACCGACGUGACGCUAACCGUGCCAGAAUCCCGACAACAGCGGUACGACAUCUCCAGGUUCCUGAAGAUCAAGCCACUGGCUUUGGGGAUUUUGGAACUACUGCUAGCCUCGUUGGGUCUCUGUCUGACGAUCUGGAACGUUUGUUUUUCGCUUCUCUGGUCACCAAUCGGCUUCAUUUUGACUGGAGCACUAACGGUCUCGGCGGCGAGCACGUGCAAACCAUGUCUGGUAAAAUCCUCCCAAAUGCUCAGCUAUUUCAAUGCGGCAGCAGCUGCUCUGUCUCUCCGCUUUCAUUUUUAUCACACCUGGGGCGUGACCUGCUUUCUCCUCAUGGCGUGCGAUAUUCUCAUCUUCAUCUUCUCUGUCACCGUUGCUUUAACCUCCUGUUCCUGUUGCUGCAGGCCGAAGCCGAGGCUGGUUGGAAUCGGUUAUAUGAACGCAGAUUUGCCCGUCAACCACAUUGUGCUCGUGGGCCGGUCGGACCCCGCCGUGUUGGUGCAGUCCGUUAGUCCGGUCAUGUACACGCAGCCAGCAGCACGCGGCCCGGUCCCGCCAAGUUACAGUCCAGCGCCAACUGUACCCCCACCAGCCUACGAGCAGGCCUCAGCUGCGCCUCCGCCGGACUACAGUACAGUCCCAAGCGCUCCUCCACCAGCGUAUGAGUACGAGGAAUUGCAGAUCGGAAGAUGAACCGGUUAUCCGUUGGUGUUUACGCACUGGAUUACGGCAAACGGAAAACCGCAAGAUAUUCUUACGUGUAUGUGUAAAUAAGUUAUCAAUAAUUAUAAUAUUGCAAUGCAACAAAUAAAUUAUUUUUGAAAAGCAAAACUGUGAAUG